AUGGCCGACGACCGGCGCAACAGCUCCGAAAGCUCGCCGUCCGCGCGGGAGGGGCAGAACCAGAACCCGGCGCCGACCCAAAAUCCGCCCCAUGGCCAAACUCAAGAUGCCCGCCCGCCACCAAAGAAGCGCAGAAGAGUUGUGAUAUCUUGCACCGAGUGCCACCGGCGCAAGCAAAAGUGUGAUCGAGACUUGCCUUGCGCCAAUUGUAAGUCACGCAAUAAACAGGACGCGUGCAAAUACGAGACCGGCGCGCCGACUGCAAAGGAGCAUCGGAAAGCGGAGGCCGAGGGUUCGAGGAUGACGCAGGUCCAAAGCCUAUCCAAUGUCGCCGCGAAUUGGGGGUACUCCCACGCCGGGGCAUCAACACUCGGCCUCAUGAGAAAGAUCGAAAGCGCAAAUGGCGACGGCUCCAUGUCCCAUUUGAGCGGCGCAACUCAGGUCGAGGAUCAAUUCGCUACAAAAGAGCGGUACAAGUCGCUGAUCAGACAACUGCCGGCCAAGGGCUACAUCGAGAAGCUCAUUGAGGUCUACUUCCGCGAGUUCAACUGGCAGUACUACGCCCUGGAAGAGGAUCUUUUUAUGCAGCAAUUCGCCGAGUGGAACAACCUGCCCUUCAGCGUUCUCUCAAACUCUGGACCGCAGGGCCUAUCGCCUGACUUGAGAGUGUUCCCAGCCUUGCUGUUCCAGGUUUUGGCCACGGCUCUUUUGACCCUCCCUGAAGGGUCGCAUGAGUUCUACGAACAUCUCAAGUAUGCUGGGAAUAUGACCUUUGAAGAUCUGGCCGCAGACUACAGCGAGUCUGGCGUGGGGAUUUUGUCAUUGCUAGGAAAGCGGCAAAUCACCCUGACGACGGUCCAAGCGUCUUUCCUUCGGGCGGCAUUUCUCAAAUACAUGGCAAAAGUAACCGAGUCGUGGCAUGCCAUUGGUAGCGCGAUUAGAGACGCCCAAGAAAUCGGUAUGCACCGGGAUAGCUUGGAUCCCCAGCCAGUCAGCGGUGAGACUGAAGAUGUUCUGGAAAACAUGUGGUUGAUUCAGCGGAGACGCAAGCUAUACAUGGUUCUGAUGACAUGGGACAUUCAUUGUGCGUUGGUCCUGGGACGUCCUGGUAGCAUCGACUGGCGCAUACUUCCGCCAAGUUUGCCAAUAGAUACGCCGUUACCAAAGGACCGUCGCAAGACACCCAUUGCGCCAAGAGAUGAUGAGAAAGACCCCCCGACACCAUUGACCAGGGGUAUCUGGGCAUUCAAGCUCGUGGGACCGAUGCGGGAGAUCCUAGAGUUGGAGCACGAUGGCCCGUGUCCCAAAGACUAUUCCAAGGUCGAUCGUGUACACCAGAUGUGUAUGGAACUGGACGAAACGACACCCGCCUAUUUUCGUCUGGAGAAUCCAGAUAGGAGGUGGGAUGACGAGCCAUCUUGCUACUGGCUUCAAUCGGCCCGCUUUUACUUGCCACAAAUGAACUUGUUCAAUUUGAUGGCACUGCACCGGCCCUACAUCUUCAACAGACCAAAGAGCCGGACCGAAGCGCUCAAGGCGAGCAUCGAAAUGCUGCAUCGCCAAAUGCUCACGUUCCAGGGUCUCGAUGCUGGGUCGUGGCGCAACUUCUCGCUGUUCUUUGGAAGCUUUGACGCCGUGGUGCUGAUGGCGACGAUAUACAUCCUCUUUCCGAAAGAGAAUCUGGAUAUGGCAGGAAGCGCCAUGCAACACUUCCACUGGACGACGGAGAGGUUCGAGGCGAUGCAAGAGAGAAACCCCCUGGCAAAGGCCGCCAAAGGAGUCUUGCAAGCGAUAUUCGUUAAGUUCAAGAAAGCAGUAGGGAACCCGGCGCCGCCGCCAAGCAUGUCGAGUAUCGCAGCGCAGACGCCCGCGUCAACGACGGAGAGUAGCAGCAGCAUAUCAGCACGUGGUUCCGUGUCAACGACGGCGAACACAGCAGACACGCCAGUCAGCAAGAGCAGCACCGUAGCAACACCGACAUCGCUGCCAACAGCACCAGAGACAUCCUCGUACCCCCUGCCAUCAUCGCACUCAGAAUGGACGAUGCCCAACAGCUGGGACUUUACCUCGAUCGCGCCACUCUUCCCCAUGGGAGAUCUCAUCUAUCACGACCUGAACGGAAUACCAGAGGACGGAUCAUUACCGGCAUGGGGAGCAGCGACGCCGCCACCACCGGCAGCCGGACAGACGUUUGAAGGUGAUUUUGGGAACGACAGUGUGUGGAAUAUUCUAAACCAGUACGACCCGACGACCGCUUGA